CAAAAAAGAAACCCUGCUUCAAAGUUGAUGAUCUCUACAUCUAGAUCUAGAUCUAUAUCUAGAUUAUAUUGAUACUUAUCGGCUGACACUUGUGCACAAGGCAAUAAGACUACCUCAGAUAACGGUACACGUCACUGCAAUGAACAGCUUCAUAACCUAAACGUGGAUGGGAAGACGUAAAAAGAUGCUAUGAUAAAAGAGUGAUAGCUACACUUCAUGAAAGGGUACGGUACUCCAUAAUGUCACCAGAAAUUCUAGGAACGACAGCUCCUGGCACUGAAAAACUUUCUAACUUUCCAAUAGAUAACAUUUCCGAUCAAGACAUUGAGAAAGACUUUUUGGACUUGAAUAAAUCUUACGACGACAAAGGCGAUGAUGAUAAAAUCGUUGGUGACACUCCUGAUGAUAAUGCUGGUAAAACAGCGUCUUCGAGAACAUUCGAUAAUGUUUAUGGAGUAAAUGGUUUGGCUUCAAAGAACCAGCGAAAUUCACUUAGCAGAACAGAGAAAGGCGACAUGACCUCGAAGACUGAAGGCAGAAGCUCAAAAACGUGGAACUACUUAAACUUUGCGGAAGCUGAAAAAGGGAUCGAGAAAGACAAAUUAAAGCUUUCUCGAGAGUCCAACUACCACGGAAAUACUAUGAGAACGGGACAUGCUUUUCAAAGGGACCAAAUCGAUUCAGAUUAUUCGGAGCAAAUGCCAUACUUUGCGAAAGACAACUGGCUGGGUAAUAUUUCUACCCACAACUCAACGCCUGUUGACGACAGGAUUGCAAGCCCCCGUGACUUCGACCUCAAGAAACUGCUCCAUUCUCAUGACAUAAACGACGUUACAAGCAACAUGUUAUUAGAGACUCCUGAACUGCAACACCCUCAUCAAACUUCAAGCAACAUUGGGGAUCCCCACUACAAAAUGGAACACUCCAAAGGAUUAUCUCUGGAAGACUUUAUGAACAGUCUCAAACAUGAGGUGAAUUCUUCAGAAUUGGUUGCAUCCUUUCCUUCAUCCCGAACCCCUCAUCAAGGUCCCCUUUUCUCCCCGACAGAAGGUUCUGACACACCAACAUUUCAAUCAAAGACAUCAAGCCCGUCAUAUUAUAUCAGAGGACUGCCUGGUGAAAAAUCAUCUCGUGGGCCUUCAAAAGCUAAAAUCGUUCGUGAUGGGGGACAAAAUGACGCACAACUUAGGGGUGAAAAUUCUAGGAGAAAACAACGGAUCGGUGACAAGACAGUGGUGAAGAAACCAAGGCCUGGGCCACUGAGAAGGCAUCAUCGCAUUCUGGCCCAUUGGAACCCCAGACAUGUUGACAGAAGUCCUCUCAACACUGACAACUCUACAUCAGAGCUGGACGAGUCGAUUGUGUCAGCCAUGAUGACUGCCGCUGACCGUCGUCAUGGUAACCAUUCAGUGUUUCACGUAGCCGACAGAGGUCGGGAUAUCGUGACCCUGAACGUAACACACAGCUCUUGGCUGACUCCAAUACACGGUCACCGCGGGAUCAUCACCGCCGGUUGUGUGGUGGCUGGGGUUGGUCUACUGCUCAUUCUCUUCGCGAUCAUCAACAUCAUCAUCAACAGAAGACAACAGAGAGCAGGUCCCAACAAGAACAACAAUAAAAGAUACCGGAAGCUGGGCAACGCCAAAGAACGGCAGGUUCUGCACCGGAAGGAAUACAGCUUGUUCCCUCUCUCUUCCUCCGAUGAUGAUGAAGAUGAUUUGGACGAAGAUGAGCACUUUGGUCGUCAUAGGAUGAUGGUGCAGUGAAGAAAUUAAGAUUCUAAUAAAUCUUUAAAAUGUGUGAGUACUUUGGUGCAAUGCCAAUAGGUUUUUUAAUACUGACACGCAUUUUUAUUUGCAUGUAUAUAUUUAUAUAUAUAAUAACAUGUGUGUGUGUGUGUGUGUGUGUGUGUGUGUGUGUGUGUGUGUGUGUGUGUUUGUGCGUAACAACAUGUGUGAUAUCCACAAUAUGCCAUCAGCUUUCCUACAUAACUCAGACGGCAUGUGUUAUAUUGUAUAAUAUGGGUGAGUAAUGUUGGUGAUGUUUUUAACAAAUAAAAAUAACAAUGAAGAUU